GCUCUCGGGUUCUACAUAUCCGAGACAUUAAAUCUAAACACCGAUCCUGUGACAGAGUAGCAAUGAUUUUUAGUUUAGAAUGGAGUCAUCAUUAUGUUUGAGUCUAAAUAGCUAGCUGGCAUUCUUUGACUUAUUGGACUCAUAUAUAUAUAGGAUCUAGUUUGGGCUAAAUGUAACCAUGGCUGCAAAACAAGUUAAACCAUGUUUGGUGCUGGUUUUGGUCUUCUCAUUACUUGUUUUUGUUUCAGCUCUAUCAAAAAAUAGAAUCAAAUCUUUGCAUGUAAUCAAAGAGCUGAACCGCAGGGGGCCAUACAUUGGUCUCAUCACUGUGUUUUCCACUGAGGAGGAUGCAUUUUUUGCUACAGGAUCUUUCAGAUCUCAUCCAAAGCACCCUUUUGUAGAUCUGUCUGGAAGAAGAUUUCGCAUUGGAAAAGUUCGUGGAAGAAAAGCCAUCUAUGUCAGAUGUGGGAUUGGAAUGAUUAAUGCAGCUGCAGCAACACAACAAAUGCUCGAUCUAUUUGACGUGAAGGGAAUUAUCCAUUUUGGUAUUGCUGGCAAUAUAAAUAAUUCCAUGUCCAUUGGAGAUGUUACCAUUCCCAAGCAAGUUGCCCAUACAGGCAUUUGGGAUUGGGUGAACACAAAUGGGGCCGUGGAUUCUGCUGAUGUUUCUCAGCUGGACUUUGGAAGCUACAAUGUACCGAAAGGAAAUGGAAGUAAUCUCUUAGGGCAUAUUGGAUAUAGCAAAGAGCAAUUCUUUUCAGAGUCAGGGGAACCAAACAUUGCUGAGUCACUGGUUUGGGCAAAAAUAAGUCCACAUUGGCUUCAGCUUGCUUCCAACUUGGAGGGUAUGAAACUGGAGCAGUGUGUAAAUUCAAGCUUGUGCCUACCAGAAAAGCCCAAGCUAGUUGUUGGUCUAAGAGCCUCGACAGCCAACAUUUUUGUGGAUAAUGCAGCUUACAGGGACUUCUCUUUUGAAAAAUUUGAGGUUUCAUCAGCAGAUAUGGAGACUGCAGCUGUAGUAAUGACAAGCUUGUCAAAUGGCUUCCCUGUGAUUGUCAUUCGAGGGCUAUCAGAUUUAGCUGGAAAACAGCAAGGAGAGAAUGCUGUCAGGAAAUUUGGGUCCCUUGCAGCUUUAAAUACAGCCAAAGCUGUUUUAGGAUUUAUUGACAACCUACCAGGACAUGCUUACUGAGACCAAUUAAACAUUGGUUUCUCUGUACUCAGCCAGGAAGAAAGCAGUAGAGAAGAUAAAUUUGAAAUGGAAGCCUGGAAAGAAUUGAAAAUUCAUCGUAAGCACCCUGGCGCUUUCAUUGUAACCAGCUAAUUAACUUAUUCGGAAGCCGCAAUUUGAAUAAAUUGACACAUUUUCAGACAGCUACACGAAAUACAACAUGAUUUGAAGCA